AUGUCGAGCGAAGCAGGGCCGUCUGCACCGCCGCGCUCGCCCGAGAGCAAGGCGCGCGACGAUAAUGUGGGGCUCGUCGAGCAUCUCAUCGCUGCCAGUGCCCACAACCACGGGCAUGGCCACGAGGCCGAGCAUGUUGGCGGGCAAGAAGGCGGUGGACAGGAGGACGGCGGAGGAGGCCAGGCGAACGGGGCGGACCUGAACUUCGCAGCGCCGGACCCGUCAAACGAUGCCGUACCGCAGGAUGAUGCGACGAGGAUCAAGAAUCUCGAGGACACGGUCCUGAUGCUACGGGAACGCUUGGCCGCGACAGAGGAAAAAGUCGACUACCUGAGGCAGGAGCUUGAUUCGCUGUAUGCAAAAAGGUCCGAUACACAGCAAGUCGGCGCCGGGCUACCGUUCCUGGGCUUCAAGGCUGACUAUGACAGCAGCUUUGUCAACGGAGGCGGCUCGGGCGCCUUGGAUGGAGCGGAUCGUAGAAAGCGAUCUUCGGAGGAGGAGGACAAGACAGGUGCCGGGGGCGGCAGCUUGAAGAAGAAAAAGCCACGGACGGCUACGGAGCGCAAGGUCGUCUCGGUGAGAAAGGCGUUUGCCGACUGGCUCUGCGAGCGCUUUGGUAUCCCGCGCACCUCGCAGAGCAAAGAGUUUCCCCUGUACCCCGGCGACGACGACCUGCCCAAGGACUCGACGGGGCAGCCAUUCAUGCGCAUCGACUGGGUGCAAGACAGUGCGUCUCCCACCAGCGAUCAGACGCAGGCGCUCAUCACGCAGGCUGUCUCUGACUUCAUCACCAACCCAAUUGCCCAUCGACUGGAGCCAGACGACCUGCGGGACACGGACGAGGUUAAGAGACACUGCCUUCAUCGGUAUCAGCUCAUUCGCGACAAUGCCAUCACUCGUCAAAAUGGGGGGACGAUCCCAUCGAGACCGUCACGCAUGUCACUUGGAGGAGCAGGAGGAGGAGGUGCUGGCGGUGGUGCGGUUGCCCCUGCUCAUGCGCACGCCGCCCAUACUCAUGGGCAUACGCAACACGAAGCUGCAACGGGUCCGAUGGCAGGCCCACCCGGCCAAACUCAGUCGCAGGAUCCUGCGCCGCCGCCUCCCUUUGAGAUUCCAGUCACUCACGGCCACCACGAAGGGGCGGUAGACGGCAGCAAUGCAGAUGCAGAAGUCAAGCACGGGUUCGAUGCAAGUAACAAUAGCGGCGGCUUCGUCGGCGUCAGUUCGUAG